AUGGGGACGGCGGGUCCCACCAAGCCGCGGACGGGCAUCACGGCCGCAGUCGCCGCCGUGCUCUUCGGCUUCCUCCUCGCCUCGGCGCGUGGGGCGAUCACCCGCCGAGUGGUGUCUCGCGACACCCGAAGACUGAUCUUCCUCGAGAAGCCGUUUGGGUUCGGCUCGGAUGGGCGCGUGGACGUGGAGAUUCGCAACUUUGAGGCGCGAGGCCCUGUCAGGGUGCCCAUUCUGGGGGACGUCUAUGUGUGCAUCGUCCCUGCUGACGAGGCCUCGAUCCUGGGACGCCUGGAGAUGGGUUGCGAACAAGGGGGCGGGGACCCGAGCUGUGGAUGGGAACAGGAGCAAGUCCGCUGUAUCCCGCUCUUCAAUUUCAGUUCUCCGGAAGUGUUGUCAGAGGUCGAGAGGCGAGGAGGCGCCGUGUUCAGCGCCAAUGAGGAGUCAGUGGACCCUGGGCAAGGGACCCUUCUCUACGUGAAUUGGGGACCCGACCUGUUAAUGGUGUCCUUCGAUAUCUCGAUGUCCAUGUACAAUCGAGACUCGAGCGGCGGGCGGCACUAUCUGGGCGUUGGAGAGGCAAAGCUGCCGGUGGCGUACUUGGUCAUCUCAGUGAUGUUCUUACUGCUGGCAAGAUGGUGGAGCCUCAUGUGCCAGAACAAGAAAUGCAACAUUCACCGCAUCCAUCGCCUGAUGCUAGGAGUUGCCAUCUUGAAGGCUCUCACAAGUGCAACAAGAGCAGGCAUGAUGCACAAUGUAAAUUGCACUGGUCUUGCAUCAAUAUGGGCCACUGCCUUCCACUUUUGCAGCAGCACACACUCCAUUGCCCUAGUUGCCGUUCUCAUGCUCCUCAGGGCUGGAUGGACACAUUCCACAGCUUGUCUGAGUCUGCAACACAAGGAGAUCUUGCUGGUGGCCUGUCUCAUGCAGGGUGUUGCAAGUGUCGCUGCGAUUGUGGUUGAAGAAAAUUCACCAAUUCGCAUGACAUGGAUGAAUUGGGGUGGCUUGUACUGGAUCAUGGACAUUGGCAGCUUCCUUACCCUACUGCGUGCCCUUCCACCGUUCAUGCCAGACGAUGCAUUUUCCGGGUUUAUGAAGCCUGUCAAUGCCAUUCGAGAGCCCAUCAAUGCCAUUCUAAGGCGACCGAUGAUAUACCGUCUGAUCUGGGCAUUGUCUUUCUGCUGGCUGUCAAUUGCAAUACUGUAUUUCAGGUCGGCCAUGGCAGUUAUGGUAGUAGUUGAUCCUACACUCCUAUUUGCUGUUCUUGUGCCCUUUGCAGCAGGUCUUCCAAUAGUGGGGUCCUUGUCGGGAGCUGUUUGGCUAUAUUUACGACUGGCAACAGUACAUGAAGAUGCCUCAUGUAGGUCGAGAGUGGUCCGCUGGACCGUGUUUUCCUUUGCCAUAGCAGCGCACUUCUAUUUCACAAGGGCCUUGGUGUGUUUCCUGCACUAUGUAUCAGUGGAGCAUUACUGGCUCUAUAGCACAAUGGGUGAUGUGGUUUCUAUCAUUUUUUAUAUGGCUGUGGGCUACCUGUUCAGACCCAUGAGCAGUGAUUCGUUCCAGAAACUGCCCUUAGCAGCUGCGUGA